CCUUGUUCAUUUCCAAAAACCUUUGCAAAACCCUCAAUUCCCACCAGAGAGCCAAAGAAAGAGAGCGGAGGCGAAGAUGGCCUCUCUCUCGUCUCCUCCUUCGGCAGCCAUGGCAUCAUCAUCAUCUCCCCAAAACAGCGCUUCCCAUAUCGACAAGAUGGUGUUCUUCUUCGUUGAGCGGUGCGGCGGAGAAAUCGUCGGGUUCCGAGAACUCGAAGGAGAAGGAGCGAAGAGCUGCAGCGGCUGAUAAGUCAGAUAACAGCAAAUAUAUGGAGAUGCAUAACAAAGUGGGGGGAUCUUGGGAGGCUCUGAAAGACAUUUUUACUAAUGUGAAGGAAAGAAUGCUGGGAAGUCCCCGAUUUCAGAAGCAACGAACUAUCAAAGCAAUUGACUCCGCAUCUGAUAGGACAGUUCCGGAGGUUAUUAAGACAAAGAAUAGUCCACAUGACACUGCAAAUGAUCAACCCAAUUGUAGUAUUCGAAUGCCAAAAGUCACAAGAGACUCUCAUGGUUUCAAGGAGAAUGUCUCAAUGAGUCUAAGAAAUGAUAUAAUUGGGGAAUGCUCUUCGUCUGAAGUACAUGAUGCUACAGCUUCUAAACGAGUCGAGGUGCAUAAACAUAUAGAUAGUACCGAGCUUGGCAAGUCUAAAGGUACAGCUCAGGCCUCAGGAGGUGUGCUUUGUUCUUCAGAGAACUUGGCUGGUGUCAUUGUGUCUGAUGCUAGAAAGGAGCAUGCUGGUCCAGAAAAUGUAGAGAAUAACUCAACAAAUGUGUCAUCGAAUAUAAGGGGGGAAGAAUCUUUGAGCAGUUUUAUUGGUGUGGCUGUAUCUAAUAAAAAAGGGAAACAUGUUGGUCGUAAAACUGUUGAAAAUGGUGCAAGCGGAAGUUUAGUUCAAUCAUCUGAGGCCUUCAUGGAUUCUCAAAUCGAUGAAAGAUGUGUUGCCGAAUCUGCAGCUUCGAAUAUAACACAGAAAAUAUCUUCCAAGGAUAUGGGUCAAUCAGAGGCCAAGCCUAAAUCACACAGAAAACUAGAGGAAGCCGUGUCGGACAACAUUGGGGUUCUCAAAUCAGAAACUGAGUUCCAGUCCUGCUUAACACAUCAGUUACCUGGUGAAGAUUCUAGGAUAUUGCAAAAGGAUGUUGCAAAUGGAUUCACAGAAGUUGGAAAUCGAAACCAUCAAUGUGAGAAAACAACUUCAAUAUUUGAUCAAACACCUACUGUAGGUACUGAUGUGGGUAAAAUGCCUGCAUUAUCUAAAAAGGUGGGGUUGGUAGACAUGUUUAUGAGGACAAUGAAUGGUCAAAAAGAUGGAAAACUGGCCAGUGAAAGGAGCGAUGGUUUGUUGGCUUCAAAUGGACUUUUGGGAGUUUUAAAUGAAACAAAUGAAACAACUAGAGAUGAAGAAGAUAUUGGAAAAGGAUUCAGCAUCAAUGGCUUAAUUGGCUGCAUUAAGGAGCUUCCUAGGGAAUCCUUAUUUGUUAAACCUCAGAACUGUGCUAUCCUCAACAAGUCUGAUGACAUCAUUAAAAACGGAGGCUCCGUUCCAAAGGUUCCAAGCCUUGCUGAUUCACAUAAGCGUGAUGCUAAAGGGAAAGAAAGUUCGUCGAGAGGCCAUGCCAUGGGCAAGGGGACUAACUCUGUCAGUGGGAGUGAAGAACAACCAUGUAGGGAAACCCCUCCCCUGACACAGACAUAUUCCAUAUCUGAAGGUGACAGUGAUGACUUGAAAGUUGCAUCUCCAAAAAAGUCAAAACAAACCCGACAGUUCCAUCUUCCAACUGGUAAGGAAGGCUUCGAAAGAAAGGUAUUGGUGAAAUUUUUGCCUAAAAACGUAAAAGAAGGUAGUGUUCUUGAUGUUCUUUGUUGUUGUGGGGACAUCGUCAAGAUACAGCUACUUCCCUUAAUCGAAGGAAGCAAUUUCAGAAAUGCUUGGGUUCAUUUUAAGACCCAGGAAGGAUUACAGAAGGCUCUCGGGAAAACUGACCUCACUGUAAGAAAUAUCGACGCCUUUGUUGAGGCGGCUUCUUCAAGAGAUGUGCCUAAUAAGGGUACCGUUCCGAACCUGAUUGGUGAUCCUAAAGUUCCUACUGCAUUGGUAAAGAAUCCCACACGAACAGUUGUGAUUAAACAGUUGACUGAUGAUAUAAGCUCACAUCACCUAAAAGAAGCUCUUGACUUCUGUGGAAGUGGCAUAUCCGGCGUUUUCUUGGGUUCCUCAAGCUCUGUUGCUUAUGUGGAAUUUGAGACAGAAGAAGCCAAAGAGAUGGCAAUUACCGCACAUACUAUACGAGUUAAAGGAAAGCGUCUACCGAUCUAUAGAAUUGAUGUGCCAAGAACAACUGUGGUGAGGAUUUCAAAUUUCGACGAAACGGUAUCACUGACACAAAUCCAGCAUAUAUGUAAAUCCCGCGGGGGGAUAAAGCGUGCAAAGGAGAGAUCCAAGGGCAUUGUGGAUGUGCAAUUCAAGCUUGCCGAAUGGCCUAAUAUGUGGACCAUCCUCAACAGCCUGAACGGACUGAGAUUCGAGGGCCACCAGUUGAUCGCGCAGCCUGCACCUGUUUUCCCUCCGGAAGUCCUUCAAGCCCUUUGGAGUCAGCCAGACGAAAGAAUUCAUGUCCAAUCUGUUUUACGCAGACUAAUCCGCGACGCCGAACUAAACGUUGAAAUCACCAACAUUGCUGCCAAAGUUUAUCUUGAUUGAGUUAUCAUUGCAGUCUUUCAUUCCACAAACUUUGUGACAAGAUCAAAUUUGGCCACGCAAAUUUGACAUGUAUAAAAUUAUUUUAGGUUUA